UGUGUUUUAUGUUUUCUAGGAUUGACCUGGGAGGAGUGUAUGGCUCAGUGUCCCAAGGGAGUGGUUCCAGCCUGCCACAAUGCCGAAGACACUGUCACCAUCUCUGGUCCUCAGGAAGCGAUCAGUAAGUUUGUGUCUGAGCUGAAAGAGCAGGGAGUGUUUGCCAAGGAGGUGCGCAGCGCUGGCGUAGCUUUCCACUCCUACUACAUGGCCUCCAUUGCUCCAGUCCUGCUGGCUGCCCUGAAAAAGGUGAUCAAGGAACCACGACAGCGUUCGUCACGCUGGGUGAGCACCAGCAUCCCUCAGUCUGAGUGGAACUCGUUUUUGGCUUUGUACAGCUCAGCUGACUACCAUGUCAACAACUUGGUGAGCCCUGUGCUGUUCCACGAGGGUCUCAGUCUGGUGCCGGAAAAUGCUGUGGUGGUCGAGAUAGCACCUCAUGCUUUGCUGCAGGCCAUUCUGAAGCGUAGCUUGAAGCACACAUGUUCCAUCCUCCCCUUGAUGAAAAGAGGCCACACCAACAACCUUGAGUUCUUCCUCUCAAACAUUGGCAAAAUCUACAUGAAUGGCAUCAACAUGGAUUGUAACGCCCUCUGCCCAGUGGUGAAGUACCCUGUGCCAGUGGGUACCCCUCUGAUCUCACCCUUGGUGCAGUGGGACCAUGCUCAGACCUGGGAUGUCCCUAAGGUAGAGGAUUUUUCCUAUGGAUCAGGAGGAUCCAAUUCUGCCACUGUCUAUAAUAUCGACAUAAACCCAGAGUCUGCAGACCACUACCUGAUUGGACACUGCAUUGAUGGGCGUAUCCUAUACCCAGCAACGGGGUACUUGGUGCUGGCCUGGCGUACCCUGGUAAAAAGUCUGGGGUUUGUCAUGGAAAACACCCCUGUAGCCUUUGAGGAUGUCACCAUCCACAGGGCCACCAUCCUGCCAAAGACUGGUUCUGUCCAGUUGAAGGUGCAUCUCAUGCCUGCCACCAACAAGUUUGAGGUUUCAGAGAAUGGGAACCUGGCUGUCAGUGGAAAGGUCUGCAUUCUGGAUGAUGCAGCCCUUGAUUCACUCCACAGACAGAUAAGUCAGCAAGCUGUUUACAGUGAUUGUGACCACAAAAUGAAGCUUACAUUACAGGAUAUCUACAAAGAGCUGCGUCUGCGUGGCUAUGACUAUGGAAAGACCUUCCAAGGCAUCUUGGAGUCUAACAAUGCAGGGGACAGCGGGAAACUGCAGUGGACAGGAAAUUGGGUGACCUUUCUGGACACCAUGCUGCAGAUGAUUGUAGUCGGGCUGUCGGGUCGUAGUUUACGUUUGCCAACUAGGAUCCGCUCAGUGCGUGUUGAUCCAGCUGUUCAUCUGGAGAAGGUCUGCGAGUACACUGAUGGAAAGCAAGCUGUGGAUGUUCAUGUAAACCGCUGCCUUGACAACAUUGUUGCUGGUGGAAUCCAGAUCUGCGGUUUGCAUGCAACUGUGGCUCCCCGUCGACAGCAGCAGCAGAGUCCUCCAAUCCUUGAGGAGUUUGUGUUUGUUCCAUACGUGGACAAUGAGUGCCUGACCACUAAUGGGAAACUUGCAGACCAGCUAAGGCUCUGUAAAGGUUUAAUUCAUAGACUGCAGCAGAAGUUGGCUCCUCAUGGUGUCGAGGUCUCCAUUCCCGGGCUACAAGGAGAGUUGGACAGCUCUCUGCCCAGCCCUGAGCCCCCUGAGCCUGGCCUGGUGCGGCUGCUGGCCCUGCUCUGUGGCCUGGAGCUGAAUGGGAACCUUCAAUCUGAGCUGGGACAGACCGUGGAGAAAGAGAGGGAGUGUUUGCUGCAGGACAGCUUGCUGCAGGGCUUGCUAGACAACCCAGCCCUCAGACACUGCAUUGACAUCACCAUAGAAAACAGCAUGCCUGGCAAGAUCAAAGUGUUGGAGGCUCUCUCCAACGAUGGUCAGCUCUUCUCUCGCAUGGUAGCUCUUCUCAAUAUCCAGCCCAUGCUUCAUGUCGACUACACUGCCACAGCAUCCAAUCUGGACCUUCUGACCCCCCAUAAGGCCACCCUUGAGGAGUUGGCAGUUGCCUCAGCUCAGUGGGACCCCCUGUUAGCCCCAGCCCCUGGAGGAGUAGUAGGAGGGGCAGACCUUGUGGUGUGUAAUCACGCCUGGGGCCCUUUAAGGACCGACCCUGGGCUGCUGUUAGCAAAUCUGGCUUCUGGAGCCAAACAAGGGGGAUUUGUUCUCCUCCACACCCUGUUGAAGGGAGAGACCCUGGGUGAAACCGUUGCUUUCCUCUCUAACACGGCGCAGAGCAGCAGCCAGCAAGGACUACUCACACAGGCUGAGUGGGAGAAGGUGUUCUCUGAGGCUUCCCUCAGUCUGGUGGCUGUCAGGAAGUCUUUUUAUGGCUCGGCCCUUUAUCUGUGUCGCUGUCGGUCUCCAGUCAAACAGCCUGUUUUCCUUCCUGUGGACAGCACCAACUACAAGUGGGUGGAAACACUCAAGGCAAUGAUGGCAGAGUCAUCAGACUGUCCAGUGUGGCUGACUGCCUCUCAGGCCCACUGUGGCAUUGUUGGAAUGGUCAACUGUCUACGACAGGAGCCAGGUGGCAGCCGAAUACGGUGUGCAUUUGUGUCCAAUCUAAAAGAGUCUUCAGUAGCACCAAGCCUCCAGCCAGCCCAUAAGUCCAUGGAGUCAGUGCUGGAGGGGGAUCUGGCAAUGAAUGUUUUCAGAGAUGGACAUUGGGGCGUCUUCAGGCACCAGCUAAUCACUCAUGAUUUAAACGAAGAGUUGACAGAGCAUGCCUACGUCAAUGUGUUGACUCGCGGUGACCUCUCUUCCCUGCGAUGGAUUGCCUCCCCACUCCGCCACUUUGUGAGCAGCAACUCCAAUAUGCAACUGUGUCGUGUUUUCUACAGCUCACUAAACUUCAGAGAUAUAAUGCUUGCCACCGGCAAACUGCCACCAGACGCUAUUCCAGGUGACCUGGCUCUGCAGCAGUGCAUGUUGGGUAUGGAGUUUUCCGGUCUUGAUGCCACCAGACAGCGCGUUAUGGGACUGCUACCUGCUAAGGGCUUGGCAACAAGUGUGGAUGCUGACAAAAGGUUCCUCUGGAAUGUUCCCUUCAACUGGACAUUGGAGCAGGCAGCCUCAGUGCCAGUGGUCUACGCCACAGCCUACUACUCUCUGGUCGUGCGCGGCAGACUCCGUCCCAGAGAGACUAUUCUCAUCCACUCAGGGUCAGGGGGUGUCGGUCAGGCUGCCAUUGCCAUAGCACUCAGCAAAGAAUGUAAAGUCUUCACUACAGUCGGCUCAACGGAGAAGAGGGCCUACCUGCAGGAGAGGUUCCCUCAGCUCUCAGCAGAGUCCUUCGCUAACUCUAGAGACACCUCUUUUGAACAGCACAUCCUGCACCACACACAGGGCAAAGGCGUGGAUGUUGUGCUGAACUCUCUGGCUGAGGAGAAGUUGCAGGCCAGUAUUCGCUGCCUAGCCAGACAUGGAAGAUUCCUGGAGAUUGGCAAAUACGACCUGUCCAACAACUCUCCACUGGGCAUGGCUCUGUUCCUGAAGAAUGUGGCAUUCCACGGCAUCUUGCUGGAUGCUCUCUUUGAAGAGGGCAACAAGGAGUGGGAGGAGGUGUCCCAGCUGCUGAAGGAAGGCAUUAUGGAAGGUGUAGUUCAGCCUCUAAAGACCACUGUGUUUAAGAGGGACCAAGUGGAGGAAGCAUUCAGAUACAUGGCUCAGGGCAAGCACAUCGGCAAGGUCCUCUUGCAGGUCUGUUAUGAGGAGACGGGUUCGGCAGACCAAACUGCUUCCCCUUUGUCUUUUCCAGCUAUAUGUCGCACCUUUUGUCGCCCCUCUCACUCUUACAUCAUUACUGGAGGACUGGGGGGCUUCGGUCUGGAACUUGCUCAGUGGCUGACAGAGAGAGGUGCCCGCAAACUGGUGCUGACCUCCAGAUCAGGCAUCAGGAACGGUUACCAGGCGAAGCGGGUACAUGAAUGGCAGAGUCAGGAUGUGGAGGUUCUGGUAUCGACCAAUGAUGUCAGCACAUUGGAGGGAACGGAAAGUCUCAUUGCUGAGGCCUGCGCACUGGGCCCAGUGGAUGGUGUCUUCCACCUAGCCAUGGUGUUGAAAGAUGGGAUGUUGGAGAAUCUGACUCCUCAACUCUUCCUUGAUGUUAACAGACCUAAAUAUGAUGGAACCAUGUAUCUGGACAAAGUGACAAGAAAGUUGUGUCCAGACCUCAGCCACUUUGUGGCCUUCUCCUCAGUCAGCUGUGGCCGUGGCAAUGCUGGCCAAAGUAACUACGGUUAUGCUAACUCAGCCAUGGAGCGUGUAUGUGAAAAGCGACGCCAUGAUGGUUUACCUGGACUGGCAGUCCAAUGGGGUGCCAUUGGUGAUGUGGGAGUGGUGCUGGAGACCAUAGGUGGCAAUGACUCAGUGAUUGGUGGCACCAUACCCCAGCGCAUCACAUCCUGCCUGGAGGUGCUUGACCUCUUCCUAUACCAGCAGCACCCAGUGAUGUCUAGCUUUGUACCGGCAGAGAAGGUGUCAGUGAAGAGUGAAGCAGCAGGCCAGAGAGACUUGGUGGACACCAUAGCUCACAUUCUUGGCAUUCAGGAUGUAAACAGCCUUAAUGCUGAUGCUUCCUUGGCUGACCUUGGCCUGGACUCCUUGAUGGGUGUUGAGGUUCGCCAGACUCUGGAGCGUGACUAUGACAUCGUCAUGGCCAUGAGGGAGAUCCGCCAGAUCACCAUCAACAAGCUGCAAGAGCUGGCCACCAGCAAACCAGGAGGAACAAAUGAAUCUCACCACGUUACCACUAAGAGGGAUGGUGUUCGGUCUUUGUUGGAGUCUGAUCUGGCCCAGCUAUUGGUAAAACCUAACAGCCCCACGGUGAUAGCACUCAACAAGGUUCAGAGCCAGGAGCGACCACUGUUCCUGGUCCAUCCCAUUGAGGGCUCCAUUGCUGCAUUUAAGACGCUCUCUCUCAAGCUUAGCAUGCCUUGCUAUGGUCUGCAGUGCACAGAAGCUGCUCCUCUGGACAGCAUCCAGUCCCUGGCAGCCCACUAUGUGAAUUGUAUCAGACUGGUUCAACCAGACGGGCCAUAUCGAAUUGCUGGCUACUCAUUUGGUGCCUGUGUGGCAUUUGAAAUGUGCUCUCAACUUCAGACCCAGAAUUUGCCUGUGGAGCACCUCUUUCUGUUUGAUGGAUCACACUCCUAUGUGGCUGCGUACACACAGAGCUACAGGGCCAAGUUGACACCAGGCAAGGAGUCUGAGGCUGAAACUGAAGCCCUGUGUGCCUUUAUCCAGCAGUUCACUGGCAUCCCGUACAACAAGCUUGUGGAGACUCUUCUGCCACUGUCAGACCUGGGGGCCCGUGUCAAGAGUGCAGUGGACUUAAUCACUUCCAGCCACAAGAACAUCAGCCAAGAAUCACUUCAGUUUGCAGCAACCACCUUCUACUACAAGCUAAAGGCUGCUGAUGACUAUGUGCCUGCAACAAAAUACCAUGGCAAUGUGACACUACUGCGUGCUAAAACUAGUAGCGAAUACGAACAAAACCUGGGAGCUGACUACAAUCUCAGCGAGGUAUGUGAUGGUAAGGUGUCAGUCCACAUUAUUGAGGGAGACCACCGCACUUUUCUGGAAGGAGAGGGGGCGGAGUCCAUCAAUAGCAUCAUCCACAGCUCACUGGUUGAGCCACGGGUCACGGCAAGAGAGGGCUAGGCAGGCUCAACCCAACCACAACUUCCACCUUCACACCAUUUCCACAGCAUCCCCUAAAAGUUCUCUAAAGUUGUUUGAUACAGUGAGAAUGCCACACAGCAUUUUUUUGUUCUGUGCCAUUUUGACCUAAUAACCCAAAUGCACCUUUUCUGAUCUUACUUGUCAAUUCAAGCAAUGGACAGUCUCCCUAACCUAAUCAGUGCUCUUAGCUGUUAUCUUCCUGUUUGUUAAAUACAAUGUGAUUGUCAGUUUGUUCAUUGAAAUAUUUUAAAUUAUAUCUUACUGUCACCAUGUUUCAUUUAGCCUUUUUUCGGUUAUAUUAGGGAUACCAACUUUAAGCAGUCAAGAGCCCGCUAUACUUAUAGUGGACAUUUACUGAUUAAUCAUCAGCAUUUUGUAAAAUACAAUACUUUGAACUAUUUACAUGAGCUAUUUUCAUAGCACACUCCAAGUUAAUUAGGAAGAAGCAAGGCUGGACUGGGACAAAAAUAAUCGGCCCUGGCAUUUUGGCCCAGACCGACCUAACCUAAUCAGAUACACUAAUUUUUUCAGACAUUUGAAGGUCACCUGUUAAGUGGCGAUGUCUAAGGAGUUCUUCCCCCAAGAAUUUUGAGUAUCAAACAAACUUAAAUCUGCAUUCUAGUGAAUUUUUACGCGCCAAUUUACGCCUUUAACACACACACACACGUAUAUAUGUAUAAUAGGUGACACACUUUAAGAGAUUACUUCCUUAGACAAAAGACACAAAUGGGGACUUUAAGGUAUAUCAUGAAUACAAGUGUGUUGCCACAGCAGAAAUAACAUUAAGGAUUAUUAUUCUACAGGAAAAUAAGUAUCUGAAAGCAAUACAGAAUGUGAUUAUAUUCCUUCUAUUUUUUUUUAAUAUUUUGGAUUGUCACUUGCCACCUGAAUUUUGUUUUCCUUUAUAACUUGGUGCAUAAAAAUUUUCCUGGAUGCAAGAAUUCUUGUAAGAUGACAGCGGCACCAAAUUGCCACUUUCUCAUUGGCUGCUCUUUGUGCUCAAUAAUGGCACCUAAUUAAAACUUAAAUGUCAAAUUUCUAACUGUUGCAUUUGUUUAACACUCAAACAUUUAAAUUCCUACUAACAUGGCUUUUUUGCUACCAUGAAAUUUAAUGAUAAUGACAUUCCUACUCUGACAAUGUAUUACUGGUAAUAUAACCAUUAUAACCAUUUGAAGGUUUUUCUUUUUUUGAAUUUGUUUGUUUUUUCAAAAAGAGAUGUUUACCUGUGUACAACAUUGUGUUGUUUUCAUUCUAUUUGACCUUGUAGCAAAACGGAUCCAAGCCAAACCAAGACUCACUCAAAUUCUAGCCUCCAGGAACAAUGAAAUGUGCUGCAAACAGCUCAAAAAGUGUCAUUGGUUUUUUUUUCCAUGUAUUGUAAAAAAUAUUACCGAGUGAGCACACUGACAGACCUUCAUUGACAAGUAUAAAUGGAUGGCUUUAGCAGGACAUGGAAACACACAUGGAAAACAUAAAAAAAUGAAAACACAUUUUUAAAUCCAGUGUAUUCACAAGGGAUUAACUUUAGAGUGUUGAUAAUUAUAAUUUCCUCUAAGAUACUUUGUGCCCUGCUACUAAUGAAAUAUAACUAUAAAUGUGUGAAACCAAUCCUUAUUUUUAUCCUGUAGCACUCAAAAUAAAAUGUAGAUAUCUGAGUUGGUGAAA